CAUGCGCAGGACACACACCACCACUCCAAAGAGAAGCCCCUAAUCCAGUGCUAUAAGUGCGGGCAGCCAUGCAAGGGCGAGGUGCUUCGGGUGCAGAACAAACACUUUCACCUAAAGUGCUUCACCUGUAAAGCGUGCGGAUGUGACCUAGCCCAGGGCGGUUUCUUCAUGAAGAAUGGAGAUUAUCUCUGCACAGUGGACUACCAGCGCAUGCACGGUACACGAUGCAAUGGAUGCGGGGACUUUGUGGAGGGGGAAGUGGUCACAGCACUGGGCAAGACCUAUCACCCUGCCUGCUUUGUUUGCACCAUCUGCAAACGACCGUUCCCUGCUGGAGACAGGGUGACCUUUAAUGGGAAGGACUGUCUGUGUCAAUACUGUGUUGAGCCGAUGUCUCCAGGACCAAAAGACAUCCUGGGUGCUAGCAAUUGUGCAGGAUGCGGACGAGAUAUUAAGAAUGGACAGGCUCUCCUAGCAUUGGACAAACAGUGGCAUCUUGGGUGCUUCAAGUGUAAAGCCUGUGGUAAAGUGCUAACCGGCGAGUACAUCAGCAAAGAUGGUGCACCGUAUUGUGAAAAGGACUACCAGAUUCAUUUUGGAGUGCAAUGUGAGGCGUGCCAUCAGUUCAUCACUGGAAAAGUACUUGAGGCAGGGGAUAAGCAUUACCACCCCAGCUGUGCGAGAUGCAGCAGGUGCAAUCAGAUGUUCACGGAAGGGGAAGAGAUGUACCUGCAAGGAUCAACAGUGUGGCAUCCUGGCUGCAAGAACACAACCAGAACAGAGGAGAGACACAGGGAGAGGCCUACGAGGUCGUCAUCUGAGAGUAUUUGUUCCAGACCUGGUUCAAGCAUACCUGGCUCACCGGGUCAUACAAUCUAUGCAAAAGUAGACAAUGAAAUUCUUGAUUACAGAGACCUAGCUGCCAUUCCUAAAGUCAAAGCCAUUUAUGAUAUUGAGCGCCCUGACCUUAUAACCUAUGAACCUAUGUACACCACCUCCCUGGAGGAGAGCGAGGAGAGACGAGAAAGUGUAGGAGAGUCUUUUCGAACCAUGUCGCCAACCCUAUCAAAUGAGGGAUGUUAUGACAAAAGGGAACGAAUUCUCCAGAGGUCCACCAGUCAAGGCUCCUUAGGCUCCCCAGUUUAUAAUCGCCAUGGUUACACACCCACUCUGUCACGGUCCCCGCAGCACUUUCACAGGCCAGGCACUGACCCAUCAAGUGGCCGGAGCUCCCCUCUCCCGAUACGACCCGAUAGCCGGCCGGGCACACCGCCUCUCUCUCUGACCCCUAAACAUUUUCACCUCCCAGAUCAGGGAAGUAACAUCUAUAGAAAACCACCCAUCUACAAACAAUACGCUGCAAUAGCACGUCAAAGCAAGUCGGCUGAUGACAUCAUCAGAUCUGCCACCUUCCCUGCUGCCCAUGCUCCCUCACCAGACGACAGCUCACAGAGCGAGGGUGAUUGUUGGCCCUCCUCUAACGCUGUAUUAGGCACAGAGGGAAGAAGACGAUCCAGAGAAGAAGAGGAGGAAGAUGCCUUAAAAAGAAAGCAGCUUCAGGAAGAACAUCUCAACAAGAUUCAGUCUGGUUUAGGUAAACUAAUUCUCAGGGAGGAAAUGGAAAAAGAGCAGAUUAGGGAACGUCAUGCAAGGAGUGCCUCCGCUCAACGAUAUGACAGCAAGCAGGAUAACGGUGAUGCAGAUCCAACUUCUCCAACUAGAACAAACUCUUUGCCUGGGUAUGGGAGGAAUGGCCUACAUCGGCCCCAGUCGACAGAUUUCACACAGUACAACAGCUAUGGUGACAUGUGUGGCGGAGGCAGAGAGUUUCAGCACAUUAAGGAUGGCCGUGCAGCACUUGCAAGGAUGGACAGGGGAGUAUCUAUGCCUAAUAUGUUGGAGCCCAAAGUGUAUCCCUAUGAAAUGCUCAUGAUAACCAGUAGAGGGAGAGCUAAACUGCCCAGGGACGUGGACAGAACCCGACUGGAGCGCCACUUAGCACCUGAAAUGUUCUUUGACAUCUUUGGAAUGGAGAUCCAGGAGUUUGACAGGCUUCCCCUGUGGAAACGCAACGACAUGAAAAAGAAGGCCAAGCUUUUCUAA